CUUACAUCAGCUCAGUGUGCCUGGAUAUGAGGUCUAAGUGAAGAUAGAGAGAAAGGAAGGAACAGCCUGGAUUUUACGUUCUCACUGGUUGGAUUUAACAUCUCACUGGACAAAUGGUUUAAAAGAAGCAGGGUUCAAAUAGAAUGAAGGCCAGGUCUCGAUUUGAGAUGAACCACCUUUGGAAGAUCAUCUUUCCCCUUUCACUUCUUCUGUACCUCUCAGGGAAUGUAAAGUCCCAAGUAAAUCCAAAAAGUGCCGUCUUGCUGUCGUGCCAAGGUGUAUGUCGAUCCCCUCUAGGGAUGUCUGGAAGGCAGAUCUUAGAUGAAGACAUUUCAGCUUCAAGUCAGUGGUCUGAGUCAACAGCAGCAAAAUAUGGCAGACUGGACUCAGAGGAAGGGGAUGGUGCGUGGUGUCCAGAGAGCACGGUUGAACCAGAGAACAUGAAUGAGUUCUUGCAGAUUGACCUUCUCUCUUUGCAUUUCAUCACCCUGGUGGGAACUCAGGGGCGACAUGCAGGGGGCAUCGGGAACGAGUUUGCCCAGACCUACAAGAUCAAGUACAGCCGCGAUGGCAGCCGCUGGAUCUCCUGGCGCAAUCGUCAAGGAAAGGAGGUAAUUGAGGGCAACAGGAAUGCCUAUGAUAUUGUGCUCAAGGACCUGGAGCCGCCCAUCAUUGCACGCUUUGUGCGCUUCAUGCCCGUCAUCGACCACUCCAUGAACGUGUGUAUGCGUGUAGAGCUCUAUGGCUGCGAGUGGCUAGAUGGCCUGGUGUCAUACAAUGCUCCACUUGGCCAGGAGAUGAUCUUCCAUGACCAGGAAGUUUACCUCAAUGACUCUGUGUACGAUGGUGCCAUAAUUUACAGUAUGACAGAAGGCUUGGGGCAGUUGACGGAUGGUAUGUGUGGUCUGGAUGAUUUCACUCUCAGUCAUGUCUACAAUGUGUGGCCUGGUUAUGACUAUGUGGGCUGGACCAACGAGAGCUUCCCCAAUGGAUAUGUUGAGAUCAUGUUUGAGUUCGACCGAACACGCAACUUCACUACUAUGAAGGUGCACUGCAACAACAUGUUCUCUCAGAGAGUAAAGGUCUUCCAGAAGGUGGUAUGUUAUUUCCGCUCAGACUCGGACUGGGAGCCGACACCUGUGUCUUUUAGUCCUGUGAUGGAUGACGGCAACCCCAGCGCUCGCUUUGUUACCGUGUCCCUCCAAAACCACAUGGCCAGUGCCAUCAAGUGUCAGUAUUACUUCUCUGACAUGUGGAUGAUGUUCAGUGAGAUCACCUUUCAGUCAGAUACAGCAAUGUACAACACAACUUUAGCUCCCCGCAAGACCGGCGCUCCACCCAACACCCAACCAGGGGACAACCCCGUUCACAAAGUCGACGACAGCAACACUCGAAUUCUGAUCGGCUGUUUGGUGGCCAUCAUUUUCAUCUUGGUGGCCAUCAUCGUCAUCAUUCUCUGGAGACAGGUCUGGCAGAAGGUGCUGGAGAAGGUCUCUCGGAGGAUGCUUGACGACGAGCUAACUGCUAGUCUGUCAAUCCAGAGUGAGGCCUUCAGCUGUAACAACAACCUGAACUCCUCAGCACCAAGCGAGCAGGAGUCCAGCUCCACCUACGAGCGCAUCUUUCCGCUCGGAGCAGAUUACCAGGAGCCCUCACGCCUCGUCCGCAAGCUGCCCGACGUCUCUCAGGUCUCCGAGGACACUGCGUCCAAGUCCCCUCAGUCCAGCACUCAAGAAGGAGUUCCCCAUUACGCCGAGGCCGACAUCAUCAAUCUGCAAGGAGUAACAGGAGGAAACACGUACGCCGUGCCAGCUGUUACUAUGGACCUGCUGUCGGGAAAGGACAUCCCUAUCGAAGAGUUUCCCCGAAAACUGCUCACGUUUAAGGAGAAGCUUGGAGAAGGCCAGUUCGGAGAGGUGCAUCUCUGUGAAGCAGAAGACAUGGAGGAGUUCAUGGAUAAAAACUUCUCCUUUGAUGUCAGCGAGAAUCAAACAGUACUCGUGGCUGUUAAAAUGUUACGAGCUGACGCAAAUAAAAACGCCAGAAAUGACUUUUUGAAAGAAAUAAAAAUAAUGUCGCGGUUGAAAGAUCCCAACAUCAUCCGGCUGCUGGGGGUGUGUAUGAGCUCAGACCCCUUGUGCAUGAUCACUGAGUACAUGGAGAACGGGGACCUCAACCAGUUCCUGUCCCGUCAUGAACCAGAGGGCAUGAUCGCAAUUCUGAGCAACGCACCGACAGUCAGUUACAGUAACCUGCAGCACAUGGCCACCCAGAUUGCCUCGGGCAUGAAGUACCUCUCAUCAUUGAACUUUGUCCACCGAGACCUUGCCACCCGAAACUGCCUGGUGGGCAAGAACUACACCAUUAAGAUCGCUGACUUUGGCAUGAGCAGGAACCUGUACAGUGGAGAUUACUACCGCAUCCAGGGCCGAGCUGUGCUGCCCAUCCGCUGGAUGUCCUGGGAGAGCAUCCUCCUGGGUAAAUUUACAACCGCCAGUGAUGUUUGGGCCUUCGGUGUGACUCUCUGGGAGACACUGACUUUCUGCAAGGAGCAGCCGUACUCACAACUCUCAGACGAGCAGGUCAUCGAAAACACGGGCGAGUUCUUCCGGGACCAGAGGCGACAGAUCUACUUGCCGCAGCCGCCCAUGUGUCCCGACCCCAUCUACAAGCUCAUGUUGAGUUGCUGGCACAGGAACGCCAAAGAGAGACCGUCUUUCCAGGAGAUCCAUCGAAUACUGCUGGAGAAUACACCUUAAUGUCUGCUCCUGUACCAAAAGCAGCACUGCCAGAGACGCUUUAGUGUGCCAGCAGGACAGACAAACCACACACACACACACACAGGAGUUUAAAAGGUAAAGUUGAGUAAAGCCAACAGGGAAUAUAUAAUAGUUGACUAUAUAUAUAUAUAUAUAUAUAUAUAUAUAUAUAUAUAUAUAUAUAUAUAUAUAUAUAUAUAUAAUCAUAUUAAAUCCACCUAGGCAUGGCACAAGGUAGACAAUUAUAAGGCUAAAAUGUAGCACAGAGUUCAGGCACUUUUGAUAAAGAAAAAUUUCAUAUUUGUCAUUUUCUUUACUUUUGUUUUGGCAUUUGUUCAUUCCUGCUCAAAAAAGAAGGAGAAGAAGAAGAAGAGAAAAAAAAACCUCAAAACAAUAUAGUCAUGAAAUUUAACACAUUUAAUUUUAAAUUAAUUUGGAGUAAUUCAAUAAAAUAUUAAGAUAUUAAGAAAUUUAAUGACACAAGAACACAUUUAAUAUUUUCCCCAAUCUGUUAAAUCAGAAGACAGCUUGAAUGUAAAUAAGAAUUUCAGCUUCCUUUUUAAAUAAGUCAGAUUUGUAAUUGUUUUUUAACGUGUCACGUUUAUGUUCAUAUCAAUCAUCAAGAGAGUAUCAUGAUGAUGAGAAUACGUAAAAAACUCAAAAGGCUCUUUCGUAAACUUAAUAACCACUUUCAAAGAAGUGGGUAAAACCCAAGCAUGCAUGGACUUGUAAUUUUAAAAACACCAUCUUUUUUUUGUUACACUUUUUUAUUUUAUUUUUUUUUUAGAUUUGUUAAUUUUUGCAAAUAUGUGACAUUGCUGAAGUUUAAAGCAAACUAUUGUGUUCAUAUUUGUUUGUAUUACACUAUAGUUUUAUUCUGUUUCACCUUUUGGAUGACAUUUAAUGCUUCUAUGUGUGAAGUAAAAGUACCUGUAGUUAUUAUUAUUAUUAUUAUUAUUAUUAUUAUUAUUAUUAUUAUUUACAUUCAGGAUGAUGAUGAUGAUGAUGAUGAUCUGUUUUGUCAGACGUCAGUAUAAGGCCAUUAAUUUCACUUUUCUUUUUUAUGUUAUCAUUUCACCACAUAUCUAUUCCUUUUUAUCAUGUUUUAUCUUUUGUAUCUCGUUAUUUCUUGAUAAAUAUGCAAACAAUUCUUUGCAAAUAAUACCAAAUUAAUGUUAUAGAAUCAAACUAUAAGCUAUGUUUCACUUUUAAGUUAACUUAAACUCGUUAUAUAUUCACUCUAAACUGUGUAAAAAUAAUAAGAGCUUGUAAAUCGCUGAAGUUUAACAAGUUGUUUGAGUAAAUACUGGGUUCGUAAUGUAGGGAUGGACUUGUCGACUAUGUUUGAUGGCGUUGCUACGGGAUACGGGAUGUGAUAUGGGAUGCCAAAAGCGCUGCACGUGCAAAGCUCAGUUUGUAUCUGGAUUAAAGUGUGACGUUGCUAAUCAUCUAGACUUAGAUGUAAUUAAUAUAAAGGUUGAUAUCAAAUGUAGUGUUUGUGUUUAUUGCUCUGGGUCGGACGUGGGUUGGGUUGCAGGUUGGUUUUUGAUGGCCUUCGGUCUGGUCAGUUAGAUUCUGGUGUAACUGUCAGUGAAAGGUUUGAUGUAGAGAUUCACACAUAAUAUUCACCAGUUUUUUUUUUUGUUUGUUUGUUUGUUUUUACUUCCAUGUUAAACUUCCUGUUUGUUAUUUAAUUGUGCCCCAGCUAGUGUUGGGUUAGUGUUAGCGUCUUGACUCUGUGUCCAUGUAUGUCUAAUGUUAUGAUUAAUUAUUACUUUAUUAGGUUAUUACUGUAUAUCAAAUAUAUGUUCACCAUCUCCUGCUUUCUCCAAAUGAAAAAAAAUAAAUAAAUUAACGCAGCAUAUGAUAGUGACAUGAAAUAUGCUUUUCUCCGUCUAUAAUUUUACAACCAGUGUGGUUUUAUUUUAUAUUAUUUUACUUUUUUUUAUAUUCCCUUGUUUUUGUUCUUCUUAUACCACAGCAGAGAGAGAGAGAGAGAGAGAGAGAGAGAGAGAGAGAGAGAGAAUAUAAAAGAAAAAAAAUUACUAUAUCAUAUAGCUUACCAUUGACCUGUAAUAUGUUUUGAUCUGUCUAUAAUUUCACAGUUAAUGAGUUUUUAAUUUAUUUUAUUUUAUAUUCUUUCUGAUUUACAAUGGACUAUAAGCAAUAUCCUUUCUAUCUUCUGAAACAAAACAUGAUGCUCUAAGCAAAAUGUACAUAUUAUAAGAAAUCUCCAUGGUUUUGUUUGUUUGUUUGUUUGUUUGUUUGACAUUCUUUAUCUGAAAGCAUGGAUUUCACACAGGAGAAAUGACUCCAUACCAUUUGUUUAUUGUUAUUAUUAUGAUUAUAUAUUCAAAUAUGUGUAAUUAUUCUGAUGUAAAAUCAUUUCCUCUCUUCAUCCGGUUCCAAAUUGAUAUUGUUUUGUUUAUGUACAAACAAAUAAAUCUGAAUUUAAUGUUGAA